UUUUGUUCAGGCAGUACUUGGCCGCCACGUUAGCCGGUGUCGUAGUCGUACAGGACCUUUCAACAUGGCGGCGACGGGUACAAAGUCGGUUUUGUUCGUUUGUUUGGGGAAUAUCUGCCGAUCCCCCAUUGCUGAAGCAGUCUUCAGGAAGAUGGCAACUGAUGGUGGCAUCGUUGAUCAGUGGAGGAUAGACAGUGCUGCCACCUCCACCUAUGAGAUAGGAAACCCUCCAGACCAUCGUGGUCAAGCCUGCAUGAAGAGGCAUGGCGUGCCCAUGAGGCAUGUGGCCAGGCAGGUGACCAAGGAAGAUUUCAUGAGCUUUGAGCACAUUCUGUGCAUGGACGAGAGCAAUCUGAGUGACUUGAAACGGAAGUCAAAGUCCGUGAAAGACUACACAGCAAAAAUUGAGCUUCUUGGUUCUUAUGACCCCCAGAAGCAGCUGAUCAUCCAAGACCCUUAUUAUGGAAGUGAUGAAGACUUUGAAAAGGUCUAUGAGCAGUGUGUACGAUGCUGCAAAGCUUUCCUGGAGAAGAACUCCUAACAUCUACAUUGACAUGUCUUAGAUGUAUGAAUAAAUAUGGGUUCUCAAUUAAAUAUACUUACACAAAUAUAUGUAUAACUCUGUUGUGAGUAAAUACUAAAUACCACCAGAUUACCUGUUUUGGUGUACGCAUAAUGUACAUUUAGAACAGUAUUGUGUGGGCAAGUUAACAGACUGUACAUUCAAUUGAUUAAUAAAACAAAUAAAGUGAGUGUGACAGUUUAAA